AUGGAGGUUCCGACUCCGAGCAGUGGCGAAAGCGGUUGGUCUCGUAUGGCUUCUUCGCUCCCUGUCAGGAAUGUACAAGAUCUCGCAGCCAGUGGUGAAGAGCUCACAGCCGAGACUCUUGCAAGGCUCUUUGAUCCUCAGUUUGCAGAACAGGAGGCAGCUCACCUCAGGUUUGCUUGCGAGGAUUGGGGUUUCUUUCAGCUUGUUAAUCACGGAAUACCAGAGGAGAUAAUCACGAAUGUAAGAAACGACAUCCGGAAAUUCUUUCAACUUCCCCUUGAGGUAAAGAAUGCCUAUGCACAGCUUCCAGGAAACAUUCAAGGUUACGGCCAAUCAUUCGUUAUGUCGGAGAGUCAAACACUUGACUGGUCUGACAUGCUUGGCAUCUUAACUCAGCCGCCUCAGGCCCGUGAUAUGAGAUACUGGCCUUCUCAUCAGCCUCAUACUUUCAGGAAAUCUAUUGAAGACUAUUCUUCUGAGCUUAUGAAAGUUUCUCACUCCAUUGUAACCUUUAUUGCAAAAACACUAAAUAUUGAUCCCAAAUUGAUGGAAGACAAAUAUGUGUCACAAUUUUUGAGGAUGAAUUACUACCCGCCGUGCAAGGCCAUGGCUGACAAGGUUUUGGGAUUUUCGCCGCACUCUGAUGGAAGUUUUUUUACUCUCCUUCUAGAAGUUAAUUCAGUUCAAGGCCUUCAAAUUAAAAGGCACAAUGCAUGGAUCCCAGUGAAACCAAACCCUAAAGCACUGCUAGUGAAUGUGGGUGACUAUCUUGAGAUCAUGUCAAAUGGAAAGUACAAGAGUAUUGAGCACAGAGUUACAAUAAAUACCAAUCAGGAGCGGAUGACUGUGUCGGCGUUUCACGUCCCGUCACUUGGUGGAGUAAUUUCACCGGUUACUGGCAUCACAGAAGAAAAGAUGUUUUACAAGACGAUGGGAGUGGAAGAGUAUGCAAAACUUUAUAUGUCAAACAAAUUGGAUGGGAAGAGAGCCUUGGAUCAUGCUAAGUUGCUCUAA